UAAACAGCUUUUUAACCCUUCUAAUUACUUAGAUUAAAUUUUGGAACACCAUGCAUUGUUUUCCAUGUUUCUCUACGCCAAAGAGUAAAAAAUCUCCAACUAGGAAUGAGACCAACGACAAUGAAACCAGACCACAUGCACACGAGAAUAAACAUGCAGAUGAAGCAGAGCAAUUGGAAGAAACGACGUUGAAGACGUUCACUUUCCGAGAACUAGCGACGGCGACAAAGAAUUUCCGGCAAGAAUGUUUGUUAGGAGAAGGUGGCUUCGGCAGGGUUUACAAAGGAACCCUUCAACCUACUGGCCGGGUGGUGGCUGUAAAGCAACUAGACAAGCAUGGACUGCAUGGGAACAAGGAGUUUCAAGCAGAGGUCUUGUCAUUAGGCCGACUCGAUCAUCCCAAUCUUGUUAAGCUUGUAGGCUAUUGUGCCGAUGGAGAUCAAAGACUUUUGGUUUAUGAUUAUGUCACAGGAGGUUCUCUCCAAAACCAUCUUCAUGAGCCAAAAUCAGACCGUGAACCAAUGGACUGGACGACAAGGAUGCAGAUAGCGUACGGUGCAGCGCAAGGGCUUGACUAUUUGCACGAUAAAGUGAAUCCACCCGUGAUAUACCGUGACUUGAAAGCUUCAAACGUUUUGUUGGACGAUGACUUGUGUCCUAAGCUUUCUGACUUUGGCCUGCAUAAGCUAGGACCAGGGACAGGUGAUAAGAUGGUGGCUUUAACUUCUCGAGUAAUGGGAACUUAUGGUUACUCCGCUCCUGAGUAUACACGAGGAGGAAAUCUCACCUUGAAAUCAGAUGUCUAUAGCUUUGGAGUUGUGUUGCUUGAGCUCAUCACUGGUCGAAGAGCUCUUGAUACUACUAGACCUAAUGAUGAACAAAACUUAGUAUCUUGGGCACAACCAUUGUUUGGAGAUCCAAAGAGAUAUCCUGAUAUGGCAGAUCCAGUUCUUGAGAAUAAAUUUUCAGAGAGGGGACUAAACCAAGCGGUGGCGAUAGCUUCAAUGUGUGUGCAAGAGGAGGCAACAACUCGUCCUCUGAUAAGCGAUGUAAUGGUUGCACUUAGCUUCCUUUCCAUGUCUAAAGAAGACGGUGUUCCCACAACUGUUCCUAUCUUAUCCUUCAGGGACAAGAGCAUGUCUAUAGCCUUAAGCCGACAUGAUUCAGAUCUUGCAUCUUCUAAACUAGCAGUAGAAGAUGAAAAGUCUAGUACAUCAUCAGACAAAGAAUCCUCUGUGGACAGCAUGAAGGAGAGAGUAAUCAAACGUGAGGAGGAAGAUAGCUUGAGCGAAUCUGAUGAUGGGUCUGGUUCUAACUCGGAUGAAGAACAAGAAGAGGAUCGAAACAGUUUAUCAACAGAGCCUAUUGAUGAGAAGAACCAGGCGCAGAGCUUGAAGAUAAACUAUAGAUAUAGUUGGGAAGAAGUGGAUGUUAGUGAUGAGAAGCUAAGCAGUAAAGGCAGCCAGAAAUCAAAUGAUGAGAGCAUAUAUUCGUGCUAUGAUAUUGAAGUAGAUCAUGAUGAUUUACCUAGGAAUGAAAAGCAUAUUCAUCUUGAGCACAUUCAUAGCUCGAAAUCCGAGGAUGAUCAAAGUGUUUAUUUUGAUGAUGAACCAGGAGAUGACAAUGAGAUAUCUUUUCAUCGGAUAAAAUCGGAGGUGGAUGUUGAUUAUGUUGAAGAUGACAGUGGAACUUCUUUGCACCCAGUUAAAUAAAAGGUUUAAAGUGAUUCUACAUAAGAUUGAAACUUUCUUCAUGGUUUUUUAUUCAUCCCUUAAUGCUAAAGACAAAAGAAUUUGAAUCUUUUGGAGAUUUAUUUUUUGAAAAACACUCUCAGUUAGGAAUAAUAAUAUACACUUUGAAAUUUUCCUUUACAAAUCUAUAACCAUUUCUAUUUGUAUAUGAUGAGGAUAUUUUGGAUUGAUAGAUAGCGUACCAAAUGUACAAAUCAGUUGAUCUGAUUAAAACAAAAAACAUAGUCAGAAGUUGUGACUUUUAUUAUUACAUACAUAUAUGGUGUUUUGAAAACCUUAAUGAAACACAUUAAAGUGUCAGUCUCCUCUCUCUGUUCCUCAAAGUAGGAUUUUCUAGAUUUAUUUUUUGUUCCAAAAUGAUAAAUUUUCUGAAAUUUUAAGAACAUUUUAGUAGUUAAUGUUGAAAAGUUGUACACUUUUAAGAAACAUUAAUUGAAAAUAUUUGAAUUGUUUGAAUACUAUUGGUUGAUAUUUAUUGGAAAAUAUAUAGUAAAAUAAAUAAUAAAUUCAAUUGUAAAUAUUUAUUAUAUUCUUAAUAUGCGUGAAUACUCUAGAAAAUCUUUUUUUCGGGAACGGAGGGAGUAGUAUUUUAAACAAACGACAAAAAAACAUGAGUGACAUAACAAAUAACAAAGACCUAAAUAUGAAUCUUACCAAAUCAUCAAUCUUAGCUAUGAUUGUACGACUAUGAUGAGCAUUAUUAGAUUUUCCGCAUGAAAGAAGAAAGAAAUAGAUAAAAUUAAGUCUCGUAAAUUAUAUACUUAACCGAUAGAAAUAAUCAAAUAAUCCAUAUAGCAUAAAUACUUACUAUACCGUCUUUUGGUUUUUCUAAGGUCUUUUUUCUUGUCAACAAAUAUUCAUUCAAUACUAUCAGUCAGUCUAUAAAGAAAUAAAAAAAAUUCAAACGAGACCACUGGAGUACGUUUUGUGUGAAUCUGACCACUAGUUUCUUUCUUUAAUUCGAGUUAGACCACAUUUUAUUC